GCGAGCGAGCAAACCUCCCGGGCACCUCACCCGUUGUUCUGAACCGAACCAAACCCAACCCAACCAAACCGAACCAAAUGAUUGCUUCUCUCGCGGGGAGGGGCGCCGCCCUGCGCUGCCGCCGGUGCCUCCCCCUUUUUCUCUCGGGCCCGCUCCCCCGUUCGCAGUCCGGUUCCACGGCGAAGGCUCCGCCUCCGCCUCCCGCUACGUGGGUCACCACCGAAUACCCGCCGGGGGAAAACGGGGCCAUCGCCGUGGUUCGGAUGAACCGGGGGCCGGCAAACGCCCUGUCGCUGGAGCUGUGCGCCGAGCUCUCGGAGGCCCUGCGAGCCAUAGGGAAGGCCUCCCCCGGCCGACCGGCCGCCGGCAAGACCACCACCGCGGUGGUCCUGGCCUCGUCGGUCAGGGGCAUCUUUUCGGCCGGCCUCGACAUUGCGGGGGAGCUCUACGAGCCCGAUCCGGCCCGGCUGCCCUCCUUUUGGUGGCACGUCCAGCAGCUCUUUCUGGACGUCUACGGCCGGACCGACCUGUCGAUCGUCGCCGCCCUGGGGGGACACGCCCCCGCAGCCGGCUGCAUGCUGGCCCUCUCGUGCGACUACCGGGUCAUGGUCUCGGAGGGGGCGGCUCCCGGGAGGCCACCGGCCAUUGGCCUCAACGAGUCCAGGCUGGGCAUCGUCGCCCCCCCCUGGAUGGCGAAGCAGUACACGGACGUCCUGGGGCACCGGAGGGGGGAGCUCGCCCUGCUGGAGGGCACCCUCUUCCCCCCCAACGCCGCCCUGGACCACGGCCUGGUCGACGAGCUGGUCCCCCCCCUUCCUCCCGGAGGAAGCGGCGAGAGCGAUUGGGGGRCCGCCCCGGAGGAGGCCGCCCUAGCCAAGGCCCGGGAGCUGGUUGCGAUCCCGCAAGGGGCCCGGGCCGCGGUCAAGGAGCUGACCCGAACGCCGCUGGUGGAAGACCUCCUGGCAAACCGCGAGGARGACACGGAGCACUUUUGCCGGUUCGUCUCCUCCGACCCCGUCCAGCGCAAGAUCGGGGCCUACCUCGAGGCUCUGAAACAGAARCAGCAAGGGGGAAGGUGACGGGGCGCCGAGCAAGGCGAGGGCGAAUGGAAGGAUCGCAAGAGAAGAGCGAACGCCGACAAACCCGAGGGCAGGAGCACGAUGUUUGCAGCAWGCCUACCAGCAACAAUCCUAACCGUCUAAGCAAAAGCGGGAAUGCCGAAACUAAACAAUAGCAAACCAUAGAAUAAACUGACUGAUUAUCU